AUGCGGACGUGUAUGCCAUCUCUACCGCUAGAAGUUUUAGACCUGAUCCUGAUAGAGCUCGAAUGGCUGGAUAUACUGAGAUUGCGCAUGACAUGCAAAGCGCUAGGCACAGCCUCUUGGUCUCGAGUAAUAUGGGCGAGCCAAUGCGAGAAAGUCUCUGCGAAGUACGAUGUCCCCCUGGAGUUUGGCACCGAUGCCACAUCUUCUGCCGAAGAAGUGGAGAGCGAGCUGUUAGAUUGGAUGCGUUCCGAAAGAGGGUGGAUGUCCUCUAAGCCUCCCGCAAGACGUGUUUAUGGCACAUACGAUGGCGCGUGCGUGCAGCUCGUUGAAGGGGGCAGAUGGCUGCUAUGCUUCACCUCCGGUAGUUCCACCAUCGCGCAUGACCUCGACUCCCUGGAUGGUAGAAGGUACAUCUCAAUCCCCCCAGAUAAACGAUCGCACAAAAGAAUCGCAGGUUCUGCCAUCCACUAUGUCCGACGACGACCUAACCCUGAAUUCUACCUCGCUGUAACUUACCAAAAUCAAAAAGACUUCUAUCUCGACGUAUACGAUUGGCACAACUCCAUGACCCUAUGCCAUCGUAAAGCUUCGCUCAAUAACGACGAUCCAUAUUCUGCUCACUUACUGCUUCGCAACAGGUUGUUGGCUUUGUUCAAAGACACGGUUCAGGUUCUAGGGAUACCUGCCAUGCAGUUUAUAUCUGGACCGGCGUCAUUCGGGCAACACGCUCCCAUCCUCCACUCGGUCACCCUGUGGGGUACACUGCUGCCUGGAAUUUCCCCAUCCUCGACCUAUGUGGCACCGGACACCGACGUAAUACUGUAUUUUACAACCACCGAAGGGGUUUUCAAGCUCCUCAUCUCAGCGGACGACGGGCAUAUUCCUCACGCUUCGCGAUUAGUUUCUUUCAGCAAAAGCUGGAGUACCGUCGCCCCGCAUCGUUGCCUCGUCUGGACGACCCGUAGAGAAAGCAUAGGGAUGGCCCUUCACCCUGUCCCGGGAGAAAACCAAUGUUCUCCGCAGCCCUGGGAGGUCGGCGCAGGUCCUACAGGGCUUGUUCUAGCUAUCUCUCUAGCGCUGAAUGGUAUCAACGUUCGAGUCAUAGAAAAGGACCCCGUCUGCAAGCCUCGUAGCUUGGAAAUGCACCACUUCCUCGGCACAGCGUCGGACAUCCUGUCGUCCGCCUCGCAGGUUCCCCAGAUGGUGGCCUAUGCCAUAGGCAGUACUGCUCCGAUCAAGACCAUAAACGUGCUCAGCGACGCAGCAGAACCGUCAGACGCAUUUCCUACGACUCGGGCAGUGUUACUUGGCCAGGACAAGCAAGUAGAAAUCCUUACAGCCCAUCUUCAGAAAUUAGGUGGCCGGGUGGAACGCGGCGUAGAGCUAGUUUCCUUCGAGCAGUCCUCCGACAAUGUCAUUGCUAUAUUGAGGAGACACCCUGAGGGCGAAGAAACUACUGAAGAAACGACUACGUUUGACUACCUGGUUGGGGCAGAUGGUGCUCAUAGUCAGACUCGCAAACAACUUGGCCUCAGCUUCCUAGGAGAGACGAGAAAGGCUCAACAAAUGAUCAUUGGUGACAUCUACAUUCGCGGCUCUUUGUCUCAAAAUGCUCUUCACGUGUGGGGUGAUAUGUCUUCUUCCUUCCUUUCCCUUCGCCCUGUCGGCGAGAUCCCAGGGCUCUUCUUUCUGUUUACCCCUGCCUACGAAGAGAACGUCCGCCUUAUGUCUGACCACGAAGAGCUUGUCGGCUACUUAAGAAAGAUGACUGGCUUGCCAGAUUUAGACUGCGACAAGUCUACUUUGCUAACCACGUAUACUCCCAACAUUCGUAUGGUCGAUUCGUUCCGGAAAGGCAGAGUCUUCAUAGCAGGAGAUGCAGCCCAUGUCCACAGCCCGGCUGGCGGCCAGGGGUCAAAUUCAGGAGCCCAAGACGCCUUCAAUCUAGGUUGGAAACUUGCCCUUGUUGCCAAAGGCCUCGCAAAACCCAGAUUUCUCGACUCUUAUGACGCCGAACGGCUUCCCGUCAUCGCGGAAAUGCUCCAGCUCACCUCGGCGCUCCACGAUAAGACAUACGAAGGCGGCCCCAACGAGAGGGUUUGGAAUAGAGGUAGUCACUUGGACCAGCUUGGCGUCAAUUACCGUGGCACUCCGUUUGUCCUGGACGAGAUCGAGGGCAGACCGCCGAGCACCAGCAACUGCUAUGAUUCAAGACCAAGUGGUGUAUUGAUGGCGGGCGAUCGUGCGCCCGACGCCUCGUCGCUUGUUUCCAUUCGGGGCGCACUCACCAGCGAUCGACUAUUCGAUUUAUUCAGCGCAACUCGGCACACCAUCCUCGUCUUUACCGGACAGCAGGGUAACACUGAAGCGUCGCUAGUCGUACAGUUGCUCAAGGCUUACCCGCCGGGCCUCUUUAUGUCGGUCGAAGUCUUGCCAUCAGACUCGUCCACUAGCCCGGAUGUUGGGCUUGAUCUCGUCAUUCAAGAUGAGCUGGGGAAUGCACAUCGAGCGUACGGAGUCCCCGGUGCCGGUACUGUUAUUGUAGCUGUACGCCCGGAUGGCGUAGUUGGCGCGAUGGUUGCUGACUCUAAUGGUUUACGCCGAUACCUUGACCUCGCUGGCUUCUAA